CUUUUUCUUCCAAAGCCACUUGCCAUGCCAACCGUCAUUAGCGCAUCUGUGGCUCCAAGGACAGCGGCUGAGCCCCGGUCCCCAGGGCCAGUUCCUCACCCAGCCCAGAGCAAGGCCACCGAGGCUGGGGGUGGGAACUCAAGUGGCAUCUAUUCAGCCAUCAUCAGCCGCAAUUUUCCUAUUAUCGGAGUGAAAGAGAAGACAUUCGAGCAACUUCACAAGAAAUGUCUAGAAAAGAAAGUUCUUUAUGUGGACCCUGAGUUCCCACCGGAUGAGACCUCUCUCUUUUAUAGCCAGAAGUUCCCCAUCCAGUUCGUCUGGAAGAGACCUCCGGAAAUUUGCAAGAAUCCCCGAUUUAUCAUUGAUGGAGCCAACAGAACUGACAUCUGUCAAGGAGAGCUAGGGGACUGCUGGUUUCUCGCAGCCAUUGCCUGCCUGACCCUGAACCAGCACCUUCUUUUCCGAGUCAUACCCCAUGAUCAAAGUUUCAUCGAAAACUACGCAGGGAUCUUCCACUUCCAGUUCUGGCGCUAUGGAGAGUGGGUGGACGUGGUUAUUGAUGACUGCCUGCCAACGUACAACAAUCAGCUGGUUUUCACCAAGUCCAACCACCGCAAUGAGUUCUGGAGCGCUCUGCUGGAGAAGGCUUAUGCUAAGCUCCAUGGUUCCUACGAAGCUCUGAAAGGUGGGAACACCACAGAGGCCAUGGAGGACUUCACGGGAGGGGUGACAGAGUUUUUUGAGAUCAGGGAUGCUCCUAGUGACAUGUACAAGAUCAUGAAGAAAGCCAUCGAGAGAGGCUCCCUCAUGGGCUGCUCCAUUGAUGAUGGCACGAACAUGACCUAUGGAACCUCUCCUUCUGGUCUGAACAUGGGGGAGUUGAUUGCACGGAUGGUGAGGAAUAUGGAUAACUCGCUGCUCCAGGACUCAGACCUCGACCCCAGAGGCUCAGAUGAAAGACCGACCCGGACAAUCAUUCCAUUUCAGUAUGAGACAAGAAUGGCCUGCGGGCUGGUCAGAGGUCACGCCUACUCUGUCACGGGGCUGGAUGAGGUCCUGUUCAAAGGUGAGAAAGUGAAGCUGGUGCGGCUGCGGAAUCCCUGGGGCCAGGUGGAGUGGAACGGUUCUUGGAGUGAUAGAUGGAAGGACUGGAGCUUUGUGGAUAAAGAUGAGAAGGCCCGUCUGCAGCACCAGGUCACUGAGGAUGGAGAGUUCUGGAUGUCCUAUGAGGAUUUCAUCUACCAUUUCACAAAGUUGGAGAUCUGCAACCUCACGGCUGAUGCUCUGCAGUCUGACAAGCUUCAGACCUGGACAGUGUCUGUGAACGAGGGCCGCUGGGUACGGGGUUGCUCUGCUGGAGGCUGCCGCAACUUCCCAGAUACUUUCUGGACCAACCCUCAGUACCGUCUGAAGCUCCUGGAGGAGGAUGAUGACCCUGAUGACUCGGAGGUGAUUUGCAGCUUCCUGGUGGCACUGAUGCAGAAGAACCGGCGGAAAGACCGGAAGCUAGGGGCCAGUCUCUUCACCAUUGGCUUUGCCAUCUACGAGGUUCCCAAAGAGAUGCACGGGAACAAGCAGCACCUGCAGAAGGACUUCUUCCUGUACAACGCCUCCAAGGCCAGGAGCAAAACCUACAUCAACAUGCGGGAGGUGUCCCAGCGCUUCCGCCUGCCUCCCAGCGAGUACGUCAUUGUGCCCUCCACCUACGAGCCCCACCAGGAGGGAGAAUUCAUCCUCCGGGUCUUCUCUGAAAAGAGGAACCUCUCCGAGGAAGUUGAAAAUACAAUCUCCGUGGAUCGGCCAGUGAAAAAGAAAAAAACCAAGCCCAUCAUCUUCGUUUCGGACAGAGCAAACAGCAACAAGGAGCUGGGUGUGGACCAGGAGUCAGAGGAGGGCAAAGGCAAAACAAGCCCUGAUAAGCAAAAGCAGUCCCCACAGCCACAGCCUGGCAGCUCUGACCAGGAAAGUGAGGAACAGCAACAAUUCUGGAACAUUUUCAAGCAGAUAGCAGGAGAUGACAUGGAGAUCUGUGCAGAUGAGCUCAAGAAGGUCCUUAACACAGUCGUGAACAAACACAAGGACCUGAAGACACAUGGGUUCACACUGGAGUCCUGCCGUAGCAUGAUUGCGCUCAUGGAUACAGAUGGCUCUGGAAAGCUCAACCUGCAAGAGUUCCACCACCUCUGGAACAAGAUUAAGGCCUGGCAGAAAAUUUUCAAACACUAUGACACAGACCAGUCCGGCACCAUCAACAGCUACGAGAUGCGAAAUGCAGUCAACGACGCAGGAUUCCACCUCAACAACCAGCUCUAUGACAUCAUUACCAUGCGGUAUGCAGACAAACACAUGAACAUUGACUUCGACAGUUUCAUCUGCUGCUUCGUUAGGCUGGAGGGCAUGUUCAGAGCUUUUCAUGCAUUUGACAAGGAUGGAGAUGGUAUCAUCAAACUCAACGUUCUGGAGUGGCUGCAGCUCACCAUGUAUGCCUGAACCAGGCUGGCCUCAUCCAAAGCCAUGCAGGAUCACUCAGGAUUUCAGUUGCACCCUCUAUUUCCAAAGCCACUUACCUCAAAGGACCCAGCAGCUACACCCCUACAGGCUUCCAGGCACCUCAUCAGUCAUGUUCCUCCUCCAUUUUAACCCCUACCCAUCCUUGAUCGGUCAUGCCUAGCCUGACCCUUUAGUAAAGCAAUGAGGUAGGAAGAACAAACCCUUGUCCCUUUGCCACGUGGAGGAAAGUGCCUGCCUCUGGUCCGAGCCGCCUCGGUUCUGAAGCGAGUGCUCCUGCUUACCUUGCUCUAGGCUGUCUGCAGAAGCACCUGCCGGUGGCACUCAGCACCUCCUUGUGCUAGAGCCCUCCAUCACCUUCACGCUGUCCCACCAUGGGCCCAGUGCUGGGCUUCUGCUGGUUAUUUUAGGAGAGGCCUGCUGUGGGGUAAACUAACUCAGUGGAAUAGGGCUGGUUACUUUGGGCUGUCCAACUCGUAAGUUUGGCUGCAUUUUGAAAAAAGCUGAUCUAAAUAAAGGCAUGUGUAUGGUG